CUGGCUUCUUACCACUUACCCAAUUCGCAAUCCCACUUCUCUGAAUCUCUGAUGUCGGACGUUCUCUCCACUCGGCUGCAACAACGACUGGUUCUCUCCGGCACCGGACCCAGCUCCGAGUCUCCUGUUCUUGAUUUGGACGCCGUCAUCUUCGACAUCCUCUCACGGCUGCCGCCCAAAUCUCUGCUCCGGUUCCGUUGUGUAUGCAAAGCAUGGCGGACCCUGAUCUCCGAUCCUUAUUUCAUCAAAGAACACCUCAGCCGCGUCAACAACAGCUGCUCCUACUCUGUUUUUGUUAAGGAUGUCUCCACUUUCCGGUCCAUAGACUCCGAAGCAUUAUUCAGGGAUGAUGAUGGUCCUGUUCCCAGCAGAGAGCUCUAUUUUCCGGUAAUUAAUGGUCUGAAAUUUGAUGAGAUUCAUAUCGUUGGUAGUUGCAAUGGCUUGAUAUGUCUACGAUUUAAAUGGUGUCUUCCGGUUAUUAUGUUAUGGAAUCCUUGCACUAGAGAAUCCAAAGUCUUACCAAAACUUCAUACGAAGGACCUCUUCCCCUCCUCCCCAGACUAUUAUGGAUUCGGUUAUGAUUCCGCAACUGAUGAUUACAAGGUAAUAGUCGGUGAUUUCCGUUACCUAGCGAGUUAUAAAAAUUGUAUACUUGUUUAUACAGUAAAAACGGGUUCAUGGAGGAAGCUUCAGUACCAUGGUUUAGCGCUGCUUGGGUAUGGCUGUUUAGUAAACGGUGCUCUACAUUGGGUACAAGAAGAGCCAUGGGAGGCUGAGGUGGAUUCUUACAAGUUAGUGUCAUUUGACUUAACCGAGGAGAAAUUUCAUGAGAUUCCAUCCCCAUAUUAUCCUAAUAAUCCUAUUGACAGAAGGAAUCAUUUAGUUGCAAGUGCAGGAAAAUUUAGAAAUUCUUUAGCCUUAUACUCAAGGGGACCUGGGUCAGAAUAUAUGAUGUGGGUGAUGAAGGAAGCUGGAGUCGAGAAGUCCUGGAAUGAAGUCAUCAAAAUCCCAAAAGAGGUUCUGCAUGUAUCUGGAGAUCAUCAUCGACAUCAUAUAAUCUGGACACCUUUAUGCAUUUCUAAUGACGGUGUAACUUUGAUCGUAGUGUGUGCUAUACCUCAUCAUACAGUUACUUAUGUAGAAACUUUAGUUUCCCCAUUCGCACGCACUGGCAUGUAGAAACAAAUAUUUUGAGAUGCAGUAGAGGUUUUUGGGAUGACACCGAGUGAGAUUCCUGAUUUCAUCAGUAAUGAUAUUAUCAGCAACCGAUUAUGUAAACCAAUGACACCCUGUGAAACCA